AUGAGCGCCCAUACCAACAAUACACGUGGGAAAGCCAUUCGGCUGCUAACUACCUGGUGGGAUCGAUUUCGCUAUACGAUUAUUCCGUCGUCGGACAGCAAACCCGAGCACAGCCGGCCUCGACGAGAGAGCUGGCUUCCGCGAGGGUUCUCGAAAGCCCCCAAAGAAGGAAGCGAGUGGAUCAAAGGUGCCCUUAUUUGUACCUGGAUCACCGCGACCAUCCUGACCCUCAACAUCUCUAUGCUCGUGGUCGCACUUGUCAUGGCCUAUCGAAAAUCUACCAACCGAGCGCGGUUUCAGAUGGCCGAGCUAUAUAAUGGGCAAUGUUCAGUUUCAUCUCACUGGUCAACGGGGAUACAUGUUGCAAUCAACGCUUUGAGCACGGUUUUACUGGGUGCAAGUAACUACGUGAUGCAGUGUCUGAGUGCCCCCUCGCGCGACGAUAUCGAUCAAGCCCACGCCAGCUCGCGCUGGCUAGAUAUAGGGAGUUUCAGCUUCCGGAACAUGACAGUAAUGAGCCCCCGACGAAAGCUCUUAUGGGGUCUCCUACUGGUCAGUUCAUUACCAAUUCAUAUGAUUUAUAACUCGGUCUUCUUUACCUCGAUUGCUACCCUUACCCCUGGCCAAAUCAUGGUCCCGCACAAUCUCUCCCCAAACGAGUCUUUGAUUGAUGAUAGUGACCCGACAAGCCGCCAAUAUUUCCGAGAAUCAACAGGAUACAAUCCCGCUGCUCUGCAAGCGCGAAUCUUCAAUGGAACAUUUACCAACGUUACUACUGACGAUUGUCUGGCUAAAUACAGACCCGAGUACAAUACGAAAUACGGCACGCUUAUCUUUGUUGCUGACAGACAGCACUUCUACAACACCAGUAGCCUGAUGACAACUCUGUAUCUAGGAGCAUCACCACAUUCCAUAGUAUUACCGUCUCACUCGGAGCCAUCCGACAACAACUUGACGGUUACUGCUAUGCACUGGAGCUAUCGCGUCCUCCCGCCCCUUGAAGAUAUAGGUAUGCAUGUACCAGUGUUGCACUGUCUAAUUGAUGAAUCACAGCAGCACUGCCAGCUGUUCGUCAGUCCACCAAUAGCAAUUGCCGUCAUUAUCUGCAACAUAGUCAAACUCACGUGCAUGGCAUUAGCAGCCCGUGUCAAGCGCAAGAAUCCUCUGUUAACCACCGGCGAUGCGCUGGCGUCAUUCCUUAGCCAUCCUGAUCCAACUACCCGAGGUCGAUGUCUUCUCUCGCGCGCACAGAUGACCCGAGGAGUGCAACCUUGGAGCCAGUCCGCCAGCUCCGUUGGUCAUUCAGAAGGCAUCAAGAUGGCUUCUGUUGCUCGAUCGGACGAACACGGGGUGCAGGCCCCGUUAGACCACCUCUCAUCGCCAACUAGAUCGCAGGCAACUACCCAACUUUACCCCAGCCUCGUCCCUUCGCGCAAACGAUGGUACCAAGCUGUCAGUAGGACUCGCCGUUUGACGGUUCUCUUCUUUUACAUCUCGUCGAUCACCGCCGGCGCCUACCUUGUCUACUACGGCAUCCAGUUCAGCGACCUGAAAAGCUUCGGGAUUGCCAUGGAUCUGGGGUUCUCCCAGAUCAGCAGCGCUACGAUCAUCGAUGGCAUCUCCAACAACCAGAUCGCCCUGGUCCUGCUGGCGAACACCCCCCAGUUCGUCUUCUCCUGCCUGUACUUCAUGGUGAACGGGGUCCUGACCUCGAUGAUCGUGGACGCCGAGCUCCAUUCCUACACUGCGAAGCGCCGCCCGCUGCGCUGCUCCUGGCCGAAGGGCCAGCAGCGCUCCACCUACUACCUCACCCUCCCCUACCGCUACAGCCUCCCGCUGCUGGCGGCGUCCGCCACGCUCCACUGGCUCCUCUCCGAAAGCAUCUUCUUCGUGUACAUUCGGGAGUUUGAUAUCUACCAGACUUUCACGGGCACCGAGACGCAGGGAUGCUGUUAUUCGCCCAUGGCGACGCUGGUAACCGUGGUCGUAGGAGCGGCGGGACUGGCCGCGCUCGUCGGACUCGGGUUUCGCCGCUACGACGAGAGCCACAUGCCGCUGGUGGGAGGGUGCAGUGCGGCCCUGUCGGCGUUGUGCCACCCGCCUGACGGGGAUGAGGGGGCCGCGCGGAAGGCGGUCAUGUGGGGGGAGAUUCCUCGGGAUCCUUAUACUCAUACUGAUCAGGAACUAAUAUGCACGGGAAACCAUCCGAAUUCGAGUACCGCUGCUGCGGCGCGGACGGGGACGAUGGAAACGGAAGAAUAUGCACAUUGUUCGUUCACGUCUUGGGAUGUGGUGACCCCGAAUGUGGUCCGGUUAUAUGCUUAA